UUGGAAUUCUUCACAAACACACUUCUUGUGCACGCAACAAACCAUGACUCUUUCUCGGCUCUAUUUCAUCAUCUCCUUCAUUCUAUCCGCAGCUUCGAUUUCUGGACACAAACUUUACACUCCGACGCUGAGUCUACAACGCAAAAAUUUCCUCCGAGAUCCGGAACGUGCAGUUUCGGCAUCCGUAUCUAAUGACUUCGAAACCUUCUUCUUCAACCAAACGCUCGAUCAUUUCAACUAUAGACCCGAGAGCUACACCACCUUCAGGCAGAGAUACUUGAUCAACUCCAAAUAUUGGGGCGGUGCAAAUUCUAGUGCGCCGAUCUUUGUUUACCUCGGUGCCGAAGAGCCGAUAGACGAAGACUUAAUAGGGAUCGGGUUUCUGACCGACAACGCAGCUCAAUUCAAGGCUCUAUUAGUCUAUAUCGAGCACCGGUAUUAUGGUGAGUCAAUUCCACUUGGGAUGAGCUUCGAAGAAGCUCUCAAAGAUGCAAAUGUUCGUGGGUAUUUUAGCUCGGCCCAAGCUUUGGCCGAUUAUGCAGCCAUCAUCUUGCACAUGAAGCAGAAUCUGAAAGCCAGGGAUUCUCCAGUUAUUGUCGUGGGAGGAUCAUAUGGAGGAAUGCUUGCCUCGUGGUUCCGGCUAAAAUAUCCACACGUGACCCUCGGAGCUUUGGCCUCAUCAGCUCCAAUACUGUAUUUUGACGACAUUACCCCGCAGGAUGCAUACUAUUGGGUGGUCACCAAAGAUUUUAAGGAAGCUAGCGAGACUUGCUACCAAGCUAUAGGAGACUCAUGGUCGGAGAUCGAUAGAGUUGCUCAAGAGCCUAAUGGCACUGCAAACUUAAGCAAGAUGUUCAAGACAUGCAAGCCUUUAAAGAGUGGGGAUGAGCUGAAGGAUUACUUGACAUCUUUAUACGCGGGAGCAGCUCAAUAUGAUGAUCCGGUUAGGAAUCCGGUGACAGUAAUAUGCAACGGCAUUGAUGGAGCAAAUACUACUGAAAAUGGCGUUCUUGGCAAAAUAUUUGCAGGCGUCGUCGCCUAUCACGUGAACUCCCCAUGCUACGUCAAUCCUCCAACUAAUGUUUCCGAAACUGAUUUGGGUUGGGGGUGGCAGAGAUGCAGCGAAAUGGUAAUGCCCAUAGGCAUCACAAACAAUUCUAUGUUCCCGUCCUACCCUUUCGUCUUGAGUAGCUUCAUUGACGAAUGCAACUCCUCGUACGGCGUUGUGCCUCGCCCGCAUUGGGUCACUACAUACUACGGUGGUCAUGAUAUAGAGCUAAUUCUUCUUAGGUUCGGCAGCAACAUCAUUUUCUCAAAUGGACUCCGAGAUCCUUACAGCAGCGCAGGGGUCCUAAAGAACAUUUCUGACAGUAUCAUCGCCGUCUACACAGAGAAAGGUUCCCACUGUUUGGAUAUACUUGCACAGAAGCAAACCGAUCCGGACUGGUUGGUCAUGCAGCGAAAAACUGAAAUCGAGACUAUCAAAGGGUGGUUGGCCACAUAUUAUGCCGAUCUUCUUGCUUUCAAACAGUGAUAUGAUGAGUUGUAUUGCCAUAAAUAUGGAUGGUGAAUUGAUUCGGGGAAGGCCAUUUAGAUAUCUGAUGAGAACAAAAGAAUAAGGCCUAUGUAUCUCACCAUGAAGUUAUCCCUGUAUUUCUUUGCUCCAUAAGAACGAGCUCGUAAUCAAGGAAAUCAAAAUGACUUCACCUAAUUUUAUAUUUAAGGCAUCUAUGUAGUUCAUA